AUUGGGAAUAAAUUAAAGAACAAAAUAUUUUUGUACGCGUUAUUUUGAAAAAAAAACAUAUCGUGUAACUAAAACGAAGGAAGGAAGGGUUGUUAGAUGGAAUAUAUAUAACGAUCAAUGUCUGUCUAUCUAUCAAUGAUUUCAAAAAAGUGUUAAUUAUCUAGUUCACUAGAGAAAUGUCAUCUAUACCAUCAACUCCUCACAAGAAACGUUUAAGAGAUAUAUCAAAUAGUUUAUUAACUCCAAAGACAUCCCCAUCAAAACGUAUAAAAUCAACUAAUUUCAUCAAUGAAUCAUUACAUAACAAGAAGAAACUUGAUUUUGGUGUGACAACUCAAACUCAAUCACCCAUCCAAUUACUUACCACUCCUCCAACUACCCCUACUAAAAGACAAACCUCAAUCUACUCCCAAGCAAAAGCUUUAUUCCAAAGAAGUUCAGGUGGAACUAUAAUAUCAAAAAACGGAUUAAAUCUAGUUGGAAGAGAUCAUGAAGGAGAAUACUUGUACGAUUUCUUCAUGAAGAACUUAAUAAGUGAUAAAUGUAAUAGUUUAUAUGUUAGUGGUCCACCUGGUACUGGUAAAACUGCUCAAUUACAAAUCUCUUUCAAUCAUUUAUUAUCUAAAUUUGGUAAUAAUAAGAAUUCUAAUCCAUUUCAAGAUCAAGAUAAAUCAGUCAUAACUAUUAAUGGAAAGAAAAUCAAAUUGGUUAAAGUCAAUUGUAUGGCCAUAAAUAAUCCUGAACAUAUUUAUCAUGAAAUUUAUUGUCAAAUGGUUGAUCAAUUAUCGAUCUCAUUUAUAAAAAAGAAAACUUAUGAAGAUUUUCAACAAUUAAUGAAUACCAAUCCAUAUGAUUCCAUCGUGGUUGUAUUGGAUGAAUUGGAUUGUCUUGUCACUAAGAAUCAACAUGUUUUAUUUGAAUUGUUUUCCAAUGCUUCACCUCAAAAUUCUCAUCAAUAUAAAUCAAAAUUAGUUUUGAUUGGGAUUUCAAAUGCUUUGGAUUUAACCGAUAAAUUCUUACCUCGAUUAAAGAGAAAUGGGUAUAAUCCUUUCACAUUACAAUUCUUACCAUAUACAUCUGAUCAAAUCAAAUCAGUCAUCAUCUUAAAGUUGAAAUGUUUAUCAAACAAUGAAGAAGAAGAAGUUCCAUUGUUUAAUUCAUCAGCUAUACAAUUAUGUUGUAAGAAAUCAGCAGCUAUACUGGGAGACUUAAGAAAAUCAUUUGAUAUAUGUUAUAAAAGUAUUGAACUUGUUGAACAAGCUAUCAUUACUAAAGGAGAAGUUGAUAUCCAUACAUUAACCAUCGAUAAUUGUCCUAAGAUACUUAUCACUCAUAUAGCCAAAGUAUGUGCUUCAUCAUUUGGGGAGAAUUCAAGUACCAAAUUAUCCAACUUGAACUUAUUACAAAAGGCAGUAUUAUGCUGUUUAUUCCAUUAUCAAACUCAAAACUUACAUUCAUACAAUGAUUUAACCGUAAAUAGAUUUUACGAUUAUUACGUCAAACAUUCGUUACAAAAUGUGGAUAAAUUAAUUGGGAUACUAAAGAAAGGAGAAUUUCUCGAUAUUGUUAACGCCUUAGAAUCCACAUCUGUCGUUGUCCUUUCUGACACUAAAGAUAUGAAAAAGCAAAAGAUUGUCAAUACUGAUACUGAUAAUAAAAUCAUUAAACCUAAUAUCACUUAUGAUUUAUUAAUAAAAGGAUUAGGUGAUGUCAUUGUAUUGAAGAAAAUAUUAUAUGGAAACUAGUAUAUGUGAUCGAUAUCAUAUAUUUUCAUUUCCAACUGUAUUAUUAUUAUUAUUAAUUAGACACUUUAUAGACCCAUAAAUG